AUGGCAGACACCGGCCGCGGUCCACGAUCAGCGCGAUCGGCCUCGUCGCGGUCGGCUGCGGCGCGGACGGCAGCCGGGGGAUCACCACGAUCGUCGCGCAUCCCGUCGUGCGAGCCGUGUCGAGUGUCCAAGUUGGCCUGUGAUCACGGCCGCCCUGUGUGUGCUCGCUGCUCGCGCAAAGGCGUUCCGGGACAGUGUGUGUACCGCAAAGACCCGUUCAAGAGAGUCAACAAUAGCAGCAAUGCGCGCAGGAGCAGCGCAGCACAGCCGCGGUCGCAGUCGCAUCCCGAGCCACAGAUCCGGUCGCAUGUGUCGCCGGCGGGUGAUUAUGACCGUCUGGCACCUCUUCCCGAACUGCCUGCGUUGGCAGACGGGCAACCGCCAUUGCAGUUGACGCUGUACCCGAACCCAGGGUUCCAAGGCUCCUCGUCCCUCAACACCAUUCUGGACACAGUGGAACACGGCGCGGCGAGCUACGAGGGCGAGAACGAAGACGGCGACGAGAACGAGAACGAAGACCAAAGCGUCAACGCAAAUACCAACGGGGAGGACAGCAGUGUCACGCAACUUGGCACAGACACAGCUGCACCAAAUCUUGCCGCAGGGCUUGGUAGCGGACACGAUCCAAUGGACGGCAGCCACGGAACCGACGGACCAUCGCCCCUGCAGGGCACGAUGCUGGUCAUGAGCGGUGCGGCCAUGAUUGAAGAGGGCGCGCAGGUCUUGGAGCUCCUCGCGCGCCUCUUCACGCAGGGCAUCGUGCAGCAGCUGUUUGCGGAGUGGAUGGGCAAAGGUCUCGAGGUGCAUCUCGGGUCGCUGUUGGUGCGCCCGUUUCUGGACAGUUUUGACCGCGUUCUGGACACCCCGUCGCUCCUCUCGCGCCGCCUCUUUCACGCCACGAAAGUCCCGACCGACGUGGACAGCUCGGCGUCUCUCAACGACUUUGCCGACAAGUACACCGGCCGCAACCUCCGCUGGGAGACGGUGGGCCUGAUUCUGGCACUCGCGGGCAACGCCGUGAGCAAGCUACGGGCGCCGCAUGCUGUGCUGUACCGCACCGAGCAGGAACGCCACGCCCUCGGCCGGCAGCUGCUGCACGCCAGCAACACGUGCGCGACAUUUUGCGAGUCGCUGGACAUCUUAAACGAUGUGCAGAUCAUCUUUCUGUACGAGAGCUUCUUGCUCCACUCGGUAUACUUUGGACACCAGAGUUUCCGCGUCUGGGGCCGGCUGAACACAGCCAUCAACGCGUUGUUCGGCCGCGGCAUCCACCAAAGGCUGGAGCGAGAUGCACGGGAACGGGACGGCGGGAGCGGCCACGGCCUGCCAUUCUUUUUGGUGGAACUGCGCAAGCACGUAUUUGCCCUGCUGUACAGCUCCGACAUCAACUUUUCCGUCUUUCUAGGGCGGCCACCGCGCAUCAGCAAGCGGCACUGCGUCAUCCACAUGCCCUUGGACGUCAACCCGGAGGCCUACCAACUCGCUGGCGAGGCUCUGGAGGACCACUUGAGGCAGCUCGACGAAGCCGGCUGGAACACGCUCGGCCAGAUCCGCACGCACGCCGUCAUCCGCUGGUCCAUGAUUACCUCGCAAAUCCGCGAGGAGGCUCUGGAGGCAAUUAUCGGCGGACACGGCAGCAACGAGCUUCCCGAACGGCUUGCUCUCACCGCAUUGCGCACCAAGAUUGCCGAUGCCUGGCGUGCCCUCCCGUCUUACCUGGCCGUGCCCGCGUGCGAGGUCUGGCGCGCCCGGCGACCCGGCCAGCAAACCGACACGCUGUACCUGAUUCGCCUCUACUAUCUGCAAACGCUCUUUUUGAUCGAGUGGACCGCCUCUGUCCACGGCACCGCCAACCUGGACGCGCUCUUUGUCGUGGCCAGCGACUUGUUGGCCUGGGUCAACGAGGCCAUUAUCAUGCGCGAGCGGCUCAACCGCUUGGGGCUCAACACGCUGGCCUGGCGCGUCUCGGCGUUUGGGCUGCCGGCCGCUGGCGCGCUGGCCAAGUGCCUGCUGGCAAGUGCGUCGACCACCGCCGCGUGGACCGCGUCCAGCGGGGCCACGUUCACCAAGGCCAUCCGCGACUUGUCGGUCCUGAUUGCGCACAUGGACUACCUCUACGACUCCAGCGACGGCAACGACAAGCUGUUCAUCCGCGCCAAAGGCAUUCUCAUUCGCGUCCUCGAGUCCACACUGUCGCCACGCCGACGCGGCCAUACGCAAACGCCCACAGCGGCGGCAGCGGGCGCAGAGCCACAGUUGGCACAAAACACGUCCGCGAGCAGUGUCCCCAUCUUUACGCCGCCACCGUCCAACGGCAAUGCAAAUGGGCUCAACAACAACACCGACGCAUUUGACCAGGACCAGUGGGAAUUCCGACCCGAGCUGUGGAUUGGUCUGCCCGGCCCCAAUUCGACCGAAGUCAAUCACCUGGACUUUAUGAGCGACUUUACCCACUUCUUGGACUGA